GGUCGGCGCCACCCUAGCCCAGGCACCAACCAUAGACGCCAUUUCCCUUGAUGAGUGUUCCAGAACGGUGUUUCCAAAAAAUAUAAAGAGGAGCAACUCUUUGUAAAGAUGUCCUCGUCAAUCCUAGUAGCGGCCAUCAUGAUGGUUGUCACAGCGUCAUUGUCACCAACUUUGUCAUCCCAACUUAUGGAGGCACAAAGUAAUGACUAUGACAGGUCAUGUUAUGUACCCCCUUCAGAACAGCAAGGUGACACGGAUAAGCUUGUAUCCAGUGACAUGUAUUUCCCACCUCUCCCAUCAGCAGACGACAACUUUUACUAUCGGGACUAUGAGAUGUUAUCAUUUCCCAAUGGGACAUGUGGAGUUGAUGUGUACUACUGCAACUUUCACAUAUGGUUUAGCGCCGGUUUGAACCAAAUGAUAAAACAAGUGACAGCGAAAUUCCCUGAAUAUUGUACCAUUUCGUCUGAAACAAAGUGGUACUUCAAACUCCUCACAACAGGAAGGUAUUCACCUCUUUACACUAGUGUCAGUCUUGUACCAGAAGAAGAAUUAAGUCGUCUCCCGCCCGAGUGGAAACAGGGUGCUAUCAUGUUUGUGCACCUGGAUUACAUUCCAUCGGCUCAACCACUGGAGAUUCACUGCAACUUAUCCGACAUAUUGCAACCCAAUCCACAGUCUCCAUACAACCUGAAUAUUACUUUCGAAGUUAAUGGUUGUCCAUUUGGGCGAUAUGGUGGUCGUUGUGACCAAACAUGUUCCUGUGUAGAGGGAGUGGAAUGCCAUAGCUUCAAUGGAGUUUGUAUGUGCCCACCCGGGUUUGUUGGAACUCAUUGCGAAUACACUGCACCCAUACUCAGUGUACAGCAGCGACAGGUGUAUAUACCCUUCGGAACCUCCUUCAACCUGACCUGUACUGCGGACGGGAUGAUACCAACUAACUACUCUUGGACCAAAGACGGCAACUCGACACCACUACUCACUGAGUCCUGGAAGAAAACAGUUCUUUACAGACCAAGCCCCAGUGUGUUGACGAGCACAGUGGAUACUUAUACUACAACCGUCAAUGGUGGUUACAUCUGCGAAGUCUGUGACGGAAAUGGGACAGUGUACAGGCAACAUGUGAACGUCACCGUCAUAGCUGUUCCAGAUCCCUUCAUCCAAGUUCCUCAGAACCAAACCACCCUCAUCGACAGAAAUGUUGUAUUCACCUGCAAGACCAAGAAAGAGGCUGGGACCAUCAAAUGGGUCAAAGGUCACAACCAACCAUCCUCAGAGAUCAGGGAUGAAGUUGGCCGUUACGGAGUACACCAUCUCUCUGAUGGUGUUUCUGAACUUCAUAUCUAUGGUGUAGAGUUCGCAGACGAGGAUGUGUACAGAUGCUAUGUUGGAUUCACCUUCGAGGGGCCAGACUUGAAUUAUGCAGAGGCUAAGCUUAUUGUUCAAUCUGAUCCACCGGCUAUCUGUUCCUUCCAAGACGUUGUGAAUGCUACAUCAGGCCAGAAGGUGACUCUUACAUGCCAAAUGAAGAAAGUCAAACCGUCUCCAUCAAUAACUUGGUUUAUAGAAGGAAGGGGAAUGAUCCCAAACCCUACAACGGUAACCACUCUAUCCGGUGAUCAAUACUCCUAUGACGUCAUCACUUCGAUGACCUUUGUCCCCGUCCCUGGGGAUAAUCGGAGGAGAGUGUACGUUGCCAUGGAAAGCCCAGCCUGGGAGGGAACUACUGAAGUAUCUACCUCACUGGAUGUCAAAUAUGAACCCAUUGUGGAGAUAAGUCCAGAUCCAAUCUCGCUUGACUCCGGACAGGAUGCUGUCAUCUCCUGCUUGACCAAAGGCAACCCACGUCCAACCAGCUACACCUGGACUCUCGAUCGACCUGACAAAACACCACAGACUAAUUUGUCGACUGGUGAUACCUACCGUCUUAGGAAUGUUGAUAUGACCUAUGACCUGGCCAGCUUGACCUGUUCCGUUGGGAAUGAGAUUGGUGAGACGAGUGACACGGUGAAGAUGAGAGUUACAGAAAAUGGCUGGACACGGGCUGCUAUUUCCGCAUUUGGCGUCUCAGGAGGAAUGUGUGUCUUAUUUCUGGUCUUCUCAAGUCUUCUUGCUUAUCGUUUCCGUAAAGAAAUCAUCCUUUGGUGGUCUGCAAAGACUGGCAAAAAUAAAAACGACAAAGACUUCGAUGUCUUCAUCUCAUACAAGAGUGGAACACCAGACGAGGAAUUUGUUAUCAAUGAACUCAUUCCGAGAUUGGAGAAAGAUGGAUACCGUGUUUGUGUUCAUUACCGGUUCUUCUUACCGGGAAGGAGUAUCAUCGACAACAUCUCAGAUGCAGUUCGUCGAAGUCGCAAGACGCUUCUCCUUCUGACCCCUGACUUUGUCGAGAGUGAAUGGUGUCGAUAUGAAUUCCAAGCAGCUCUCCUUCAGAUGCUGCGCCGUCAAAUGGACAUCAUCCCGGUCAUCUUCGAGGAUCUCGGUACCCCAGAGAAACUCUCCGAAGACCUCCAGACCGUCCUCCGCACUCUCUCGUACAUCACCUGGCCCAGCGCCGUCAUGGACGGCAGAGGUCCGCAGAGGGAGGACGACGAGGAGCAGUUCUGGAAGCUUUUGUGGGAAUCUUUGCCUAGCACUCCCCUGGGUUUGGAAGAACCGGUAUUUUCUCUUUCGAUGGGGAAUGAUGAAGAUCAAUUACUCAUUGAUACGGAAGAGGAAGAAUAUGACAGUCUUUAGGGCGUCGUGUUACUUAUCUCUCUAAAAAUGCAAAAGAGUGAAAAUGCACUCUUUGAAGAGGUGAGAUGAUGAGGGACAACUCUUUUACGAGCGGUCUUCCACUCUUUUGGAAUUAAGUUUACAUCUUUUUUGAGUGAUUUUUCACACUGUCCUGCAGUCAAACCCAGAGUGAAAUAACCACCUCUCUUUU